AUAGUCAAUAUCAAAGUCCAACUUUCUGCCUCCCUCAUACAUAUUCCUCCAUUUUUUAUGUACCUUUCCCCUCACUCCAUCAAAGGCUUCUCCUCUUCACUUACAUACACACAUUGAACACAAAGAACAGAGAGAGAGAGAGAGAGAGAGAUGGGAGUGGCAACACUUGGGGAGCUGAAGCCUAGCAUAUCAGGGAGGAGGACCUUUCGCCCGAGUUCCAGUGUUAGGCAUGCCACUGAAUGGCCAAUAUCAGAUGUCUCCAGUGAUCUCACAGUCGAUGUAGGAAAAUCGAGCUUUGCCCUUCAUAAGUUCCCACUUGUCUCUCGGAGUGGACGGAUCAGGAAACUUCUGCUGGAAACGAAAGACUCGAAAGCAGCUGUUCGCAUAAACCUCCCUGAUGUGCCAGGUGGACCAGAGGGGUUCGAGCUAGCUGCAAAGUUCUGCUAUGGAAUAAAUCUCGAAUUCACGCCAUCCAACAUCGCCUUAUUACGCUGCGUAGCGCACUUCCUGGAAAUGACAGAGGAAUUGGCAGAGAAAAACCUCGAAUCACGGACUGAGUUGUUCAUCAAGGAAGCAGUUCUUCCAAGCAUUUCCAUCUCAAUCUCGGUGCUCCAUCGAUGUGAAACCCUGGUGCCUGUUUGCGAAGAGAUUAAUUUAGUUAAUAGAUUAAUUAAUGCGAUUGCAAACAAUGCGUGUAAGGAACAGCUCACCAGCGGGUUAUCGAAGCUUGACCACGGAUUCUCGGUGAAGCCAAAGACCCCAGAACCGCCUGAGACUCCCUUGGACUGGUGGGGAAAGUCGCUUACUCAGCUGAAGCUCGAUUUCUUCCAGCGGGUUCUUAUGGCAGUCAAAUCCAGGGGUCUAAAUCAGGACAUGAUAAGUAAGAUCCUGAUAAACUACGCGCAGAAUUCUCUUCAUGGACUCGGGGUCAGGGACCCUCAGUUUGGAAAAGGAAGUUCAUUGGACCCGGAGUUAAUGAAGAAGCAGAGGGUCAUUGUCGAAACGAUAGUCGGGCUACUUCCCACCCAGUCGAGGAAAAGCGCAGUCCCAAUUGUGUUUCUGUCAAGCUUGUUGAAAGCUGCCAUAGGUUCCUUUUCCUCCACUUCUUGUAGAUCAGAUCUAGAGCGGCGGAUCGGGCUCCAACUGGAUCAGGCUAUUCUUGAGGACAUCCUCAUCCCAGUGAAUAAUUCUCAUGGGAAUGGUCAUCAGGGCCCAAUGUAUGAUACGGACUCGGUCCUAAGGAUAUACUCGACCUUCUUAAACUUGGAUGAGGAUGACGACGACGAUGCUGAGGAUAAUAAUCACUUGACUGACGAGAACGAUAUGGUCUAUGAUGAUCAUAUCGACAGCCUCGGUUCUCCUAAGCAAAGCGCGAUAUUGAAGGCAUCCAAGCUGAUGGACAGUUACCUUGCAGAAGUAGCACUGGAUCCUAACUUGCCACCGUCAAAGUUCACUGCAUUGGCCGAACUGCUUCCUGACCACGCUCGGGCAGUGAACGACGGGCUCUACCGAGCAGUGGAUAUCUUCCUUAAAGUACACCCGAACAUGAAGGACUCGGAGCGAUAUCGACUUUGCAAGACCGUCAAUUGCCAAAAACUGACCCAGGAGGCAUGCAGUCACGCAGCCCAGAAUGAGCGGCUGCCAGUCCAGACGGCAGUUCAGGUCCUCUACUUCGAGCAGGUCAGGAUGAAGAAUGCGAUGAGCGUAGGGCCCGGGGGUGGGACCGGAGUACAUAGCAGCAGCAGCCAGUUCUUCUUCAGUCAGUUCCCGCAUCGGUCAGGGAGCGGAGCGGGCAGUGGGGCAAUAUCCCCGAGGGACAACUACGCAUCCGUGAGGAGGGAGAACAGGGAGCUGAGGCUGGAGGUCACGAGGAUGAGGAUGAGGCUGACGGAUCUAGAGCGGGACCAUGUGUCGAUGAAGCAGGAGCUCGGGAGGCCCCACCCAGCGAACCGACUAUUAAGGUCAUUCACCCGGAAGCUGAGCAAGCUGAACACGAUAUUCCGGAGGAGCAGCAGCAGCGCUAGGCCAACCCCAAUGGCGGUGAGGGCAAGUUCGGAGAACGGGUUCUUAUUCCAGAAGCGGAGGAAUCUCUCCAUUUCAUGAUCGAUCAUCGUCUCUACAUAGUUUUAACUUCUUUUCCAAGUAUAAUAUGGAUGUUGAUGAGGAGUGUAUAGUUACUGUAUGUAAUAUGGGGGCUUUUGGCUUUGCUCAAAAAAAUCAAAAUGCAUCUGCCUUGUUGCUGCCCUAAUUUUCUAGGAUUUGAUCGACGUAUACGUUCAACCUGAACAGCAAGCAGUUGAUUUUAUA